CCAGCAGUCUCCAGGGCUCACCUCCCAGCCCCACCAGGGGACGCUGGGGGACCAGAUGUCUCUGAUGUGUGCUUCCUGUUUACGUCUCUCGACUUCCGGUUGCCCCAGUUAAAGACAAAGAUUGCCAAGGGCUUGACUCCCUGUACCCAUGAGGAGGAUGAGCCCAGAUUGUUGGAGCAUCUUAGAAAAGAGGCUGGGCUAGAACAAAACAGUGCAUUGUUUGCUCUCCUCCCGAGUAGCUGUUUACCCAUAAUGCCACUGAAGUUCUCUUGGGCCUUGGAGAAUCUGGAAAAGAUCCAGGCUGCGUGACCUUGGGCCCUGUUCUCUCUCUUCUCAGGGGCCCUGGGGUCCUGAUCGGGGAAACGGUGAUCUGGUGAUCACUCUGUAAGUUCCCUGUGAAGUUGGAGUACAGGAAGGGAGUCCCUGCUCUGCCCUUUGGUGCUGUCCUUAUCCCGACUCACUGGCCAGGAGUAUCUGUGACUGUACCUGUGAAAUGGAGGUUCCGAUCGCUGCACAGGGCUGUGGGACCGGUGUUUAUUAGACAGGCCUGGCUGUGGCCAGUACCUGGAAGACUCCAUGUUUCAUAAUAUGGUAAAGGGCAGGCUGAUACCACAGAUCCCUUUCUGGAUGUGGUGCAGUCUCAGGAGGUGCCAGGUAUAAGUGGGCAUGGGCGGGGCUCCCUCCCUGAUAUCCAAGGGGCAGUUAAGGAUUGAUAGUACAAGCAAGUGUGUGUGUGGGGGGCUGAGUGCGGUAACUGAGGAGGUGGUGGCUAUGGGUCACAGGCCUCCAGUCACAAUCGGAGGAAGGGAUUCAGGAAGUACUCACAGCUGCUCAGACAUCUCCCUGCCAAGUUCCAGGCCGCACCAACGAAAACCACUGCGGGCUUCGGGGAAGAGCCAUGGCCGCCUGGGGUGGUCACCAGACAAGGAGGGAGAGCUGGCAGGCCUGAGAUCUGGGGUCUGACCUGAAGUUAAAAACUAGACCAAAGACCAGCAGAAGGGUUAGGAUGGCACAAUCCGAGGCCUCGGACCAGAGUCUUAGAAGACCGAGGAGGGGCAGCCGUCCAGCCCCUGUGACGACCAGUAGCCCUUGUUGCUGAUGGGACACUGAGGCUCAGAGGCCGCCGGCGUGUGACAAGUGUCACUGGAACCAUGGAGACAGCAGUGAUUGGAAUGGUGGCGGUGCUCCUUGCUGUCACCGUGGUCAUCACUUGCAUCCUCUGCUACUUCAGCUAUGACUCAAAGACCAGUGACCCAGAGAUGGGCCCCCGGAACAGCUUCACCGUGGCCACGUUUCACCAGGAAGCGUCCAUCUUCACAGGGCCUGGUCUCCAAUCCCGGCCAUUGCCGACUGCCCGGAACUUCUGUACCGUUGCGUGAGGGUGGCCAUCCCUCAUCAUUUGUUCAGCCAGGCCCGGCUACCCCUUCAAGAAGCAUUGUCUGGUGUCUCACCCCUCCCAGGCCUCCAUCUUUGUCUUUCAAUGUUCCACAGACUUCUUACCUUCCCUCAUUCCGACUUGCUCUGCCCUCUAUUCUGGGGGAGCUGAGUGUGGGGAUCAGGUGUGAGUUACCCCUAAGCUGGGCCCUACUCACAAUGGAGCUGAGGACCUAAGGAGGUGUGGACAGACACCGUGUGGCAUCCUAUGGUGGGGUAGCUCCAGGCGGCUAUGGAACCGCACCAGAAGUUAGCAUCCUGUCAGCAGGAUGCCUGUGCAAAAUCUAUUUGCCACCCAAGGAACCAGCGCCCUCAAGUGGAGAUUUUGAGGAACUACUUCUUGUUUGUUUGUAGUUUUGGACACCUAAACCCUGAUCAGCACUGAAAUUCUGACACCAAAGGGCUGUUUUCUGGGAAUACAUGCCUUAUUUUAUAAUUUUGAAUGCAUAUCCUUUUAUGGGUCUUUCCAAAUCUGCUUUGGAAAAUCACAGAAGGAAGCAGAAUAGAAAAAGAGUCACAGAAAGCCCAAGGAGUUUCAUUAGCCGGAAGGCCACCGAGAAGACUCGAAACACAUUUUGAACAGACUUGCCUUAUUGCUAUAGUCCGACAGACCGCGUCUAUUCUUAGCAAAUGUGAGCAAUUUGUGUCACUUAGGAAUGACGGAAACAUUGUGAGCUGAAAGAUAAUUCCAAAAAAGUUAAAUGUUACAUUUCAGCACAUGCGAAGAAGUUGCUGUUUUUUUUUACCAUAAAUAAAGGGACAUUUGUUUUUUAUUAA